GCCGCCGUCCGGUCCCCAGCCGAUCGAUUGAGCGGGUGAGCUGUCCGUCCCUGGGGUGCGGCGCGCGCGCGGUGGAUCAGCGUGCAGUGCGGUGCUGUGGCGCCCUUGAUCGGAUUAGCUGCGCGCAGUGCCUUUCAGCCGCAAGCCUCUGUUCGGAGACAGCUUAACUUGGCCGUAAUUCCACUCAACGGAGUGUUUUUCCAAGAUUCCACAUAAAGAAAUGCUGUGCAUGUAGGCAUGUCCUCAUUCAGAUAAAGAACGAGAAAAAAGAGAAGACAGAGAACAACAAGAACAUUGAAGGAAAGAGGAAGUGUUAAGCCGAGCAAGAGAGAUCAAGUGGAACUAGUGAUAGCGUUGCUAGCGAGCCAUGCUGCCGAGUGUGCUGGGCUGGACGGCCUGCCUACUGGGCUGGGCGGCCUGCCUGCUGAACUGGACGGCCUGCCUGCUGGGCUGGCUGCUGCUCCUGGUCAUGACGCUCCGGGUGGCGCUCGGCCCCGACGGCGUCGACGCCCUGCGCGCCCGCCUGAUGGCCUGGGCCAUGAACCGGUUCAAGACACAGCAGGAGCAGCAGCUCGCUGCCAUCAAGGCCGAGCUCUUUGAAGAGAUGAAGCAGAUGCAGUCGGCGGGACCGAACCUCAAGGGAGGCAGUCUGGACAUCCUGGAGAUUGGCGUCGGCUGCGGCACGAACCUGCAGCACUACCCGGCUGGCUCUGUGCUGACCUGUGUCGAUCCCAACAUCCAUUUUCAAGACUACUUCCGGCGAACGUGCGUCGAGCAUGCUGCCCACCUCCACCCGGACAUCCGGUUUGUUGUCGGUCAUGGCGAGGAUAUGACGGCCGUGAAGGACGGAUCGGUGGAUGCUGUGGUACUCACCCUGGUCCUCUGCAGCGUGCGGGAUCCCAGCAAGGUGGUGCACGAGGUCCAGCGCGUGCUCAGGCCGGGCGGCAAGUUUAUCUACCUGGAGCACAUCGGAUUUCCAGAGAACACAUUCCAGAGGCGGAUACAAGAUGCGCUGACCCACAGUGGUGUGUGGCCGUGUGUGAUGCAGUGCUGGCUCAACAGGGACCCCCGGAAGGUCAUUGAAGCCGGCCACUUCAGGUCCGUGGAGCAGCGCCUGCAGCCGAUUGUCGAGCAUCUGAGCCUCUGCAGUCCGCUGCACCUGAUGAAUCGCUGCCUGACGGGUGUGGCUACCAAAUGAUGUCGGGCAGGGGAGCAAGAAGCCAGGCAGCGGGUGCCUUAGCUCCCGCGUGGGGAGCUCCAGUUCGAAUCCCGGUGGUGCCAUGACCCCUACACGUUAAUUUGGUCACCUUAAUUUCUGGCGUCCCAUAAGAGGGCGCGCCACGACGCGUGCCACGUGUAUUUUACUGACAUGCCGUCAGCAGACAUGAGAGGUGGACACCGCGGACCAGGCGGCGCUGAGUCCGGCGUCCAUUCCAGGCGACGUUGAGUCGUCAGUCCAAUGGACACAAUGUGCGCGUUGUGAAGUAGGGUGCGACAACGCCGGUCAUCUUGAUAGAAUGCAACAGACAAGGUGCGACAGCUUGGGUCUUCGUGUGAACCGUUUAUAUGACACAGAGGCGGGUGCCGUAUGCAUUAUAAAUAUACAUAAUUUCGCGCUUGUACAAUGUAAGGCGUUCUAACAAUUGAUGCUGAUUUAUAUAUAAGGUUUUUACAAUAGCAUGCAAUUAGACA